UUGAUAGCGAUCGUGUUUGUUGUAGUUCACUUCGCUUGACACUGGUGCAUAUUUUAUGCUAUUGAUCUCCAGCGUUGCUUGAAAUUCUGCGUUUGUUGUAACAGCGUGAGAACGGGCACAAUUUCCCGCACUGGAAAUUAACUGUUAGAAAAAACAACGGUUAAGAAUCCUUAAUCAUCAUAACCGAUGUCGGCAACCAGGUCAUUGUUAGCGGUUGCUGUCAGGUCAUGCUCAUCAGAUGCGACGUUGUACCACUGUCCAAAUGAUUGUCAUUGUAGCCGAGCGACAAAAAACCUCUUACAAUUUACAGAGUUUACGACGAUUUAUCCAAAAAGGAGCAGCUUUUUCCCAUUUUCCUCCUUCUGUUACUAAAAAAUGAUAAAACACCGCCUUUUGAAUACAUAUUUCUUUCGGUCGAUAUUAUUUCUAUGGAUUAGCUUGAUUGGUUCUCCCGUUUUUUGUACCACUCGGUAUUAUGGAUCAUACCUUUCAUACGGAUCUGGGGACACGAUAAUACAAACUCUCCACGCACAUUCGGGAAACGACGAUAUAGAGCGAAAGUGGCAUGUGGAAUGUCUUGAUGGAGAAGCUCUUGUCGGAAUACAGGAUAUGGUCAACGAUUUCCAGAAACUGGAAGCUGUUUGGUGCAAAUUUUUGUUUCCGCACAAACAGCCCGCAAACGGGAUGUAUCCUUAUUAUCCCAUAUGCUUCCCCAGAAAUUACACGUCGCAAUUUUUUUGCUUCAAUCCCCAUCAAAUUCAACUCACUGCGAAUUCAUUUAUUACAGGACUCUGGGACGAUGAAUCGCAGUUUUUGGUGUCCCGAAUAGGUUUGGACAAAAGUCAGCCGUAUAAAUGUUGUAGAGCGCCCCCGGAAUAUUAUAUUGAUUACACCAGCUGCUACUACAUGCCAACGCAUGACCAGUACUGGGAAUACUAUGAUUCUUUGCAACAUGUCAUUGUUUAUUGUGCCGGCGGCUAUGUCAUGACGGGCAUAUCGAAAAAGAUCAACCCAAUCUAUGGCGAGUGGCAUAUCGAAUGGAUUCAGUGCUGUCGAAUUGGUUUUGGUGGAGCUGGUAAAAUUCCUCCGCCGACGCGGAUAAAGCGUUCGGAAGACACGGAAGACGAAGACAUCUAUCUUUAUCCGAACGCGCGUGCUCCACUUCAAAUUCCAAAGAACUGUUCCAUAUUUUUCUCGGCAAUUCACCAAUAAAAUUUAUUGGUGGUAAAACCAUCAGUUCGGUCCAAUUCUGGUGACAUUCAAAUUGUUACCAAAAUCCAGCCGAUCUUUUUUUACCACAUCGGCACCAGUGUAAACGCUAACUUCAUUUGCUCCGCCUUUUUUGUUAUUCGGUAAUGUUAUAUACGUACAGUGUACCUUCAUUUAAAUUGUGCGGAUUCAUAAUGAACUACGAUACCUGAUGUUUUGCUUGUU